AGUCUCUUUAAUAUGAAUGGCGCGAUUCGCCGCGAUUGGUACACUACUGGCGUGGAGCGUUGAUAAGUCAUUUGAAAUUGCGAUUCGUGGCCGACUUACGUGGAAGCCUAAAUAAAAUCAGUAUCAUGUCUAUGCCUGCAUACGACAGCUGGUUUGUCCGUACCAAUGAUGUAUAUCAGUUGUGGGCCAACCAGCCCACAUACAUAAUAUCGCAAGCUGUGUAUAUAUCUGCUGGUAUCUUAACCUUAAUACACGCAUUCAGCAAGGGUGGCAGGUGGCCCUACUUCUGGCUCGGCACAGUCCUCCAUGGCUUAUUCACUGAUAACUUUUGGGCCAUCGCAGUGCCACAGUUCGACAACUUUUGGCAUUCACAAACGCCCAUCAUCUUCUUGGGCGGAAGAUUACCUCUUCACAUUAUUUUAUUAUAUCCCGCGUUCAUCUACCACGCGGCGUACGCAGUCUCGCGGCUCAAUUUGCCCCGAUACGCGGAGCCGUUUGCCGUCGGUCUACUGACGGUUCUCAUAGACAUCCCCUACGAUAUAGUGGCCGUUAAAUUCGUGCACUGGAUGUGGCACGACACUGACCCGAAUAUUUUCGACCGCCAUUACUGGGUGCCUUGGAAUUCCUAUUACUUCCACGCCGCCUUCGCCGCGAGUUUCUAUUUCUUUUUCCACUCGUUCAGGAGAUGGUACGCGCCGAAGGUGUCGCAAUGGGCUUCCGCGGGGAAGUACGCGGAGAUAUCUUCCCUAAUUAUGUCCUCUCUGCUUGGAAUGCCGGGCGGUGUUGUGAUGUUCAUACCAAUCUAUCAUCCCCUCCACGACCUGUUCAACGUCCACUCGGAAGUCACGUUCUUCUUCCUUGCCUCUAUAUUCCUGGCGAUUGUUAUUGUUGGCCUCCUGGGCGAACGAGAAACGUGUAAGGACAGGCUAACAAAGCUGGAUUACGCUCUCAUAUGUCAGUUGGCCCUGCACUAUAUAAUUUAUUGGACUUUCGUCGUGUUUCUGAACCCGGAGGAUGAAGUGUCGGUUGGUUUCCACCAGCCAAUUGGGCCCUGUGAUGACGUCACGUAUUUCACAUCACCGUUCGGCCAGACGCUGUCUAAGAAGACUUUCCUGUGCCCCGACAACUACGAUGAGAAAUACUUCGACUUUCACUGCGUGGGGGGGAAACUGCCUCAGAACGGGUCCAACUGGUACACUAUUUGCGGAACACCUUUUGAAAAUCGUGCUGAGUACAUUACCGUACUAACAGCAAUAUUAGUAUUUGCUUUUGCAAUCUUUCGCGGAAUAUAUUUCCAAAGGCAAGAACCCUUGGCCGCGGGGAAAAUUGUUCGUAAUAAAAAGAAACUAAAUUAAUGUCAAAUUUGGUCAAAUGUCAAUGUCAAUGUUGCAAUGUUUUGUAAAUGUUAAAAUUACUAAUUAGUUGUAACGUAUCUAUACUUGGUCUAUAUUUUUAAUUUUGACAUUCAAAAUGGUUAACUGACAUGAAUACUAAUUGACUUUUAUUCUUCUUCUAAUUUUUUUCUGACAAUUUGAAAUUAUAAAGGUACCAUUAAAGUUAGUAAUGUUCCAAUGACUUUGACUAUUAGAUAUUUAACUUUAUAAUUAUUUUAUUCGAGGGCCCUACCUACAUUUUUCUUAAAUAUUUAUUGUCGUCUCAUUGAAAUUUAUUGAAUUAGAUAUACAUUUUUGUUUAUGAUCAAAAAUGUUUACCUACACAGCUCAACUAAAAAACGAUAAAGGCAAAGGGAUUGAAUUAAUAAACAAACUGGAAUAACAUCACGUUUAAUGAUAUGUCCGUUUCAUUACACGAUCACAAUGUUUCUUAAAUCUUAACAACUAUUUCAUAGUUCUGCACGACAGUUGUGCUCGCUCAGUAAUCAGUAUAACCUGUGGUGUAAGUUGUAACACAAUAUAUUAUGAUUAUACCUACAUUUAAUUUUGCUACGGUCCUAUAAUUUAUUGCUAUGCAGACGAAGACAGUAAAUAUUGUGAGAGUUAUUUUAAAUGCAACAACAAGAACUAUUCCUUAGUGUAGUAGGAUAUCAAGUGGCUAAAUAAUACAACAAACUGUUUGAAUUUAAGACUUUAAUUCGUAAAGGUAUUAUGACCUUUGCCUUUUAGUAAGCGAACAGUGAAAAGAAAUAUACAAUUUUUUAUAAUUCAUUUCAAUGCAUUGUUUUAUGUUAAAUAAAUUAUUUUAUAAUACAAUUGUUCGUUUCAAUAAAUUAGAUUGAAUUCGUUUCCCGAUACUCUAUACAUAUUAGUUAUAUUAUAGAGAAACUGUUUUUACGUAACAUAGUAACAAUAAUAUUGCUUCUGAACAAUUCCUUAUUUGUGGACAUAAUUUUUUAACUAAGUAUUUUCAAUUCAAAUUCCCAUCUAUGCUUCUUCGUUCUGGCUCGUUGUAUAUAAAGAUAACGUAACAAUUCAUUUAAAUUAUAUAAUAUUAAAAAAGAAACAGUGUGCGUUUAUGCAAACAUUUAAAAUUAAUAACUAAAUUCGUUAUCUACCACUCACUUACAUAUAGAAGUAUUCAACUCAUAAAUUAACUCACAGACUACAGAAUCAUCGAAAAGUAAUAUCCAAUUUGAUUGGAUGCUAAUCGUACAUUAUAUUAGUGACCGAUUGAAUAUACUAUGGUGCAUAGCAUAACUAUAUUUUAUAAUCCUAUAUUAUAGACAACAACAAGUAACAACAGCGAUUAUGUACGAUACAUAAAUAGGUAUGAAUUUUAUAGGUAUGUAUAAGUAAGCUUGCACUUGCAAUAAUUCUAUAAAGUAAAGUGAUCAUCCACUACCAUAUAACUUAAGAUAUUCGCAUUUCAGCUUAGAUUUAACUUUGAAUUUUGUACGUCGAUUAAAUUUUCCGAAAUUAUUUAAAUGUAGAAUGUGCAAGCUGAAAGUAUUUGACAGUAUUUCAGAGUAUGAAAGUAUGACUAAUAUUAAUGAGUAGAGGAAUUUUUUCAUUAAUAUUAAGAAGAUAGGAUAAGAAACAAAAAUGAAUGGCAUGAAAAGGUAGGCUGAAUAAGGAUAUUAAAAUAUUGCUUUUAAUAUCCCAGUUUUGUGGGGGUGACAUAUGGCGACCCAUUCAGCUGACAGGUACUAAUGACGCCGUGUGGCGCGAAUAUAACACACAUUUAGACAGAGAACACGUUACAUUAUAAUGUGUACAUUUUUUCAAUUGAUAUUGAUUAUAUUUGCAAAUUCAUUGUGCAUCACAAAACACUGCUUUCAUGCAUAAUAAUAAGUCUACGUAUAAAACACGUGUGCCCUAUUUGAGAAUAUUUUCAAAAUACUGGUAUAAAUUAAUCAAAAUUACACAGACAAUGUUCCACUCAAAUAAUUUACGUUUACACGUACUUAUAUAAUACCACAUUAUACUUAACACUACUAUAAUAAACCAUUCCCAUUUGCACGUAAAAUAAAUAAUCUUUAAUUAUUACUAUCGAACGAAUUGUUCUAGAAGUGUGUGCAUUUUGUUUUUGAAUUACCGUUUACUUUUCACGAAGGUGACCAUUGUUAGCUUUCUAAAACAUAAAUAUUGAAUUAUAAUACAUACCAAUUACCACUACAUUGAUUUAUUUAAAUGGAAUGCCUUUAAAAGAAGCGCAUUUUCUACGAAGGGGAAUGCGCGGGAAAAUGAUAUCCACAGAUUCAAUAUACCAUAAACUAUAAGUAGCUACAAGAUUAAAUGUGCUGUUUACUUUAAAUGUUCAUUUAUAUUUAGGAUAGAUAUUGUUUGCAUUGAAUAGUAUCCUUUGGUUAAAUACUAAUCGUUCUAUUUCGCUUUGUGAUUUAGGUACUAGGGAUUUGAAGGAAAUAUAUAGAUAUUUUUUAAGUUCAUAUAGAAAGCCGAUGUACACUCGAACCUAAAUUGUAAAUUCGGACGGUUUAAAUGAAAUAAUGCUAAAAAUUAAUUCACCUAACGGAUCAUUUGACGAGUAUUAUGAUAUUUAAUAUAAUAAAACAAAAUUUUCAUGCCAUUGCUAUUAUAAAACUUUGGCACAGAUAACCUCUGGUAAAGCAUAAACAAAAGUGCCAACUAUAAAAAAUUAACUACACAUUUGAUAUUCUUUAUAACAUUGAGCUGUUAAUAUCUAUAAUGCGUCCCUAAUAGCAUAACAUAAGCUGAAAAAAAA